CCGAAGCCGGGGAGCCCUCUGCGUCAGCCGCUGCUCGCUGCGCCGCGCCGCGCCAGCACCCGCCGGGACUCACCCGCGGCUCCAUGCCUGUGCCCGGCUCCCUUCGUCCCCCUUCGGAGAAGAGGCAGCCCAUGAGGCUCCCAGUCCCUGCUGAGUGUCGCCCUGAAGGAUGUCCCAGCUGUCCUCCACCCUGAAACGCUACACAGAGUCCACCCGCUACACAGACGCACCUUACUCCAAGUCAGGCUAUGGCACCUACACUCCCUCGUCCUAUGGGACCAACCUGGCCGCCUCCUUCUUGGAAAGGGAGAAGCUUGGGCUCAAGUCAGGGCCCACCACCAGUUUCCUCACCCGACCCCGGACCUACGGUCCUACCUCCAUCUUGGACUAUGACCGGGGCCGCCCCCUGCUGAGAUCAGACAUCAUUGGGGGUGGUAGGCGGGCAGAGAGCCAGACUCGGAGCACUGAGCGGCCUUCGGGAAGCGGCCUCAGUGGGGGCAGUGGAUUCCCUUUUAGCGUGGCCAGCAGCGCCCCCAGCUACUUGCCCAUGAGUGCUCGUGAUCAAGGCCUGACUCAGAAGAAGGCAAACAGUCAGUGUGACUUGGCCCGGGACUUCUCCAGCCUGCGGACCUCAGACAGUGGCCGGAUGGAACCCAAUCACCUGGGCCGCAGCCCCUUCAUAGCCCGCACUCGCAAGGAGCUGUGUGCCCUGCAGAGCUUCUACCAGGCUGCCAGAUGCUCUGAUUAUCUAGCCGACUACUUGGAGAAUUAUGGCCGCAAGGGCAGUACUGCUCAGCUGCCCACUCAGACCUCUUCCACCCGUGUCCCCGAAGUUCUCAGCCCCACGUACCGACCCAGCAGCCGAUACUCUUUGUGGGAAAAGGGCAAGGGCCAGACCCCAGGGCCCAGCCGCGCCAGCUCCCCAGGGCGAGACACCAUGGAACCCCACUUCAGGACCUGUGCCCUCUCCAGUGGCCCACCAGUGUUCCCGGAAAUGCUCAGCCACCCCCCCAUGCACUACAGAUCUUACCCUCUCCUUUUCCACCCACCAUGCCAGUGUGCCCUGCAGACCCUGCCCCAUCCCGGAUUGGCUCCUGAGACCCCCCACCUUCCGGUGCUCCCUGUGAAUUCUAAGAGCACCCAGGGUCUGGCAGGUCUUCGCAACCUUGGGAACACGUGUUUCAUGAACUCCAUCCUGCAGUGCCUGAGCAACACCAGGGAACUCCGAGAUUACUGCCUGCAGCGGAUCUACACUCGGGACCUCAGCCACAGCAGCACCGGGCAUACUGCCCUGAUGGAAGAGUUUGCGAAAUUGAUCCAGGCCAUAUGGACGUCGUCCACGAACGACGUGGUGAACCCCUCGGAGUUCAAGACCCAGAUCCAAAGAUACGCUCCUCGCUUCAUGGGCUAUAAUCAGCAGGACGCGCAGGAAUUCCUCCGCUUCCUCCUCGAUGGACUCCACAAUGAGGUGAACCGGGUCACCGCCCGGCCCAAGGCUUCCCUGGAGAACUUGGAUCAUCUCCCGGAUGACGAGAAAGGGCGACAGAUGUGGAGGAGAUACCUGGAGAGGGAAGAUAGUCGGAUCGGGGAUCUCUUUGUGGGGCAGCUCAAGAGCUCCCUGACAUGUACAGACUGUGGCUACUGCUCGACCGUCUUUGAUCCUUUCUGGGAUCUCUCACUGCCUAUCGCUAAGCGGGGCUAUCCUGAGGUGACGCUGACAGACUGCAUGAGACUUUUCACCAAAGAGGACGUGCUCGACGGUGAUGAAAAGCCAAUGUGCUGUCGCUGCCGAGCCCGGAAACGCUGUAUCAAGAAGUUCUCCAUCCAGAGGUUCCCAAAGAUCUUGGUGCUCCAUCUGAAGCGUUUCUUCGAGUCCAGGAUACGAACCAGCAAGCUCACAACAUUUGUGAAUUUCCCACUAAGGGACCUGGACCUGAGGGAAUUUGCUGCAGAAAACACCAACCACGCUGUUUACAACCUGUACGCUGUGUCUAACCACUCGGGAACCACCAUGGGCGGCCACUAUACCGCCUACUGCCGGAGUCCAGCGUCAGGCGAGUGGCACCAGUUCAAUGACUCCAGUGUCACCCCCAUGUCCUCCAGCCAAGUGCGCACCAGCGACGCCUACUUGCUCUUCUACGAACUGGCCAGCCCGCCCUCCCGCAUGUAGCAGUGAGAGGCAGAGGUUCUGCGUCCCCAGUGGCGGCCCCC